GCAGGCUACUAAAUUACCAUUCAUUCCACCCACUUUCCAUGAAGAUGAACGUAGCCAAAAACUUUAUCGAAAGAGUAACUCGACUCACUACGGAUAAUACCACCAACAUACAGCAUACAAUUUUCCAGCAUCUCCGCCGUAAUAAUUACCCCGCCACACUCAUAAACAGGCUCAUACAACGGUCUAAAAACACCACGCACGAAGAUGCCUCCAACACUGCACCAUUAACCAUAAGAAACCACAGUCAAAGCAUAUCAACAUGCAAUCACAGUCCAACAGUCCCACCGAACGAACAGAUAUAUAGAUCCCUGCCGCACGUGCCAACACUCAGUACAUCCAUAGCGAAAAUGCUCAAACCAGACUAUCCCAAUGUAAAAAUAGCUACAAAGCCUAUCAACACAGUAUCAAAACUACUGCCAAACACAAAAGACUCGGUUGACCCAUUGCUGCAGUCUAAUAUCAUUUACAGCCUGUCAUGCGAUAAUUGCACAAUGAGUUAUUUGGGCAUGACACGCAACCAGCUUAGAACCAGGCUAUAUGGCCAUAAAAGCAAUAUUAACCAGUACCACAAACUGAUAGCUGAUGGUACGACCGACAGCAACGAACAGCUGAUCAGUCUCGGAGAGAAGACUGCCCUCAUCGAACACAUGAUACAACACAACCAUACCUUCGAUCUUACCAAAGCCAAAAUUAUUGACAGAACCUAUCGACCGACGGCUCUCCCGAUACUAGAAAUGUGCCACAUCACGAACACACUCAACACCGUAAAUCAUCGCACCGAUGUGGACGGGCUCAACACAACUUACGCAGGCAUUCUACAUACACUCAGAACUACCAAUACUCGCCGCAAUAAAGCUUCCGAACCAGACACAAGUAAUAGAACACUUUUGGCCCAUGAUAGAUAGUUACCGUUUCGGGUCACCAUCUUUAAAUCAUACGUUGUAAUACCGGUGGAUGUGCAU